AUGGGCUAUUUUGGUUGGGCUACUUUCUCUUUUGUGCUCACCCACAUGUUUGGGCCUAAGAAAUGGGCUUGGGUUCCGAGGCUCCCAAGUAACCCGGAACCUCCACUUCUUGGUCCAUCAAUGGGCCUCAUGACAAUUUAUUACCAUCCAUACCACAACCCACUCAAGCAAGCCCCGGGUAUUUGA